ACUGUCUCACUGUAACUGCGUCUGACACAGAAAAUUAUGGCUCAAGGGAUUCAGCUGGAGCGAGAGAGAUUCUGCUGCUCUCUCUGCACCAAUCUGCUCAGGGAUCCAAUGACCAUACCUUGUGGUCACAACUUCUGCAUGACCUGCAUCAACAAACACUUGGACAAUGAAGCACCGUCAGGCAUCUACAGAUGCCCUCAAUGCAGUGAGUUCUUCAUAUCGAGGCCUACCUUGGUUAAAAACAACGUGAUAGUACUAGUAGUUGAACAACUGAGGAAGACUGAAGUCCAACCUGAAGUUCCAGCUCUAUACCGCGAUACUGACUCUACAAAUGUGGCUUGUGAUUUUUGCUCCGAGAGGAAGGUGAAAGCUGUAAAGUCCUGCCUGCAAUGUAUGGCUUCCUACUGUGCUACACAUCUCCAGCCUCACAAUGAGGUGCCUCCUUUAAGGAAACACAGGUUAGUGGAACCAACUGCAAGUCUCGAGGAGAGCAUCUGUCCUGUGCAUCAAGAAGUGAUGAAGAUGUUCUGCCAGACCGAUCAGCGGUGCAUCUGUUAUCUCUGUGCCAAGGACGGCCACAAAGGCCACAACAAAGUCUCCAUGUCUGCUGAAAGGACGGAGAGGCAGAAGGAGCUUCAGGCGAUUCAGCAAAAGAUACAGCUUAGGAUCGCAGAGAAGACGAAAGAUGUGAAGACUUGUCAGCAGGCGGAAUAUGCAGUAAGUCACGCUGCUGAUGGUGCACUGAGUACAACUGAACUGGUUUUUACAAAACUCAUUGAGAGAAUAGAGAAAAAACUCUCUCUUAUGAAGGAAAAGAUGAAUUAUCAACAGAACAUUGAACUGGAUGUUUUUAGAAAAGUUCGGAAUAAGGUGGAGGACGAGAUUAUGGAGUUGAAAAGGAAAGAUAUUGAACUGGACCAACUGUCCCACACAGAAGACCAUGUUCACUUUUUGCUGAAAUAUCCGUCACUGUCUCGUCUCAGUGUCCCUAAAGAACAGCCAAGCAUCAGGAUCCGCCGCCAGCGUUACUUUGAUCGAGUUCCUGCUACUGUUUCAGAGGCCAAAAUGAGACUGUAUAAGGUUCUCGAUGAAGAAUGUGAAAAGAUUCUGCUUGCAAUUACUAACUCUACGGCUUUGCCUAAAAUGCCUGAACCAAAGCCUGAAGAGAACAUCAGGAAGCCCAAACCUAAUUUCUAUAACACUGUAGAAAUUUCCAGACCAGCACAGAGACAGACCACCACUCAGUUCAUGCAAGCCAAACUCUUGCAGAACCUUGAUAGUACCACACCUUCCAGACCUAGCUAUUUAAAACCCCAACUUCCUGAGCCCAGUGGUAACUUAGGACUUCCCAGACAAAAGUUGGAAGACUUACCCAGCAGUGAAUACUUUACUGACAACCAGGCUACAUUUGAACCAACCAGAAACUCCUUCCCUGAGAGGGGAGAUGACAAUCCUGAUGUUAUACCACUAAUCGAUAGACCGAUCAGUCCUGGAAGCGGCAUAGGAAAUGUUUUAAAAACUAGAGGAAACUUUCUAGAACAUGCCUGCCAAAUCACACUGAAUCCAGACACUGCAUUCUCCAAACUAUUGCUAACUAAGGAAAACAGAAAAGUAACAUUUGUAAGCGAAGAACAGGAUUAUCCCAACCACCCAGAAAGGUUUGCUUACACCUGGCAGGUCCUGAGUCAACAAAGCCUUUCUGGCCGCUGUUACCUGGAAGUGCAGAGGAGCGGGAAAGGAGUCAUGGUGGCGAUGGCUUACAAAGGCAUCAGCAGAACUGGGACCUUCAGCGACUGCAUGUUUGGACAAAACAGCAUCUCUUGGGGUCUUGAUUGUUUUAAAAACAGUUGCGAAUUCAGACACAACAAGAACAAAACUCCCAUCCCGGGCACAUGGUCCUCCAGAGUGGGAGUUUACCUGGAUUAUAAAGCUGGUAUUCUGUCCUUCUACAGCGUCUCCGAAACCAUGACUCUCCUCCACAGAAUCCAGACCACAUUCACCGAGCCACUCUACGUUGGACUCUGGCUCUCAGAUGGCGCAACUGCUGAGAUCUGCAAACUAGUGUAGAGCGGAGUUUUCAGGCUUUGGACGUUCAGAACUGAAACUGGGAUGUAACCAAUAAGUGGUGUAUGUGAAUAAGUCAGUGCACUGGUGACAAUAAUGUCUGAAAAAUACAGAAUGCAUCUGUAUUUUAUAAUGACUCUAGUAUGUCAUUUUGCCUCUUGUGGUGAAUUUUUAAUUUCAUACUUUGAAAGUUUUACUUUAUAAAAUGGAAAAAUCUUUCAAACUAUUGUAUUAAAACUACACAACUGCUUUUGUGCUUGGAAUAGGCCAGCUAAACAUUUAUUUAUUGCUUUUUUGACUGUUAACACUUUUUUGUUUUUCUGUAACUUUUGCUAUUUUUUUCUCAUAAUUUUGAAAAUAAAAGA